AAAUACCUUUUAGAUCUUGCACCCGGCUCGUGCUACAGUUGCAGCACUGCUCGAAAGAAAAAGAUUUAUACAGAACCUGCGCAUCUACGCUUAUACGGAUCAUACUCCAUCGUUAAUUGGACACCAUCUCUGUAUCCGUACUUUCUUCGGUAGGGGAGUGGACUUGGCCCGGUAGUUUGUUUAGCGAUAGAGAAUGAAUAAAGGAGUUGGCGGAGGCGGCGGCUUGGGAAGUGCUGCCGUCGGUGGUGGAGGCGGACCCACGGCGGCUGCAGCGGCGGCGGCAGCUCAGAAGCAGAAGUCGUUGCUACAAAGAGUCGAAACCGACAUCGGCAACAUCGUCGACAACUUCAGCCACCUCGUCAAUGUCUCCCGGGUGAAUGAUCCACCAGUAAGAAAUUCACAAGAAGCCUUCAUGAUGGAGAUGCGUGCAGCUAGAAUGGUUCAAGCAGCUGACUCCCUGCUUAAGUUGGUGUCAGAGCUUAAGCAAACAGCAAUCUUUUCAGGAUUUGCAUCCCUUAAUGACCAUGUGGAGCAAAGAACAGUUGAGUUUAAUCAACAGGCAGAGAAGACAGAUCGGAUGUUGGCUAGAAUUGGAGAGGAGGCAGCUGCCAGCCUCAAGGAGCUUGAAGCGCAUUAUUAUUCUUCUGUGGAGAGGGCGAGUCAAUUGCAAAAUGGGGAUUUACGAUGAACAGCACAAGAGCAGCUGCUGUCUCUUUCCCUUUUUGGGUGGGGCGUGGGGUUGUCGGACCUGUUCGACCUUGAUUUAAGCUCUCGUGAGGGUCUAUAGCAAUAUUUCCAUUCAAACACUAUCUGCAACUUCAAGUUUCUGUUAUAAGUUAACUGCAGGAUCUGGAUCAUUUAUAAGUUCCAUUGUAAAUGUUUCCAUGCCACCACUGAUUAAAUUGUCAAUGAAUCCAACGUGGGUAUGAUUCAGAA